GCCAGUAGAGCGUGGCUGGAGCUCAGGUGAAGAGUGACUCGUCCGUGAGCAGUCAGCAUGCGGUUCAGCACGGCGCUGGUGGUGGCGCUGGGGGUAGCCGUCGUGGUCCCAGGUUCGACGCUCGGCUCGGCCAUCCCCAUGUGGGAGUUCCUCAGCAGAGGGGAGAAGAUGAGCCACUUGUUCAACAUGUUCGUGAAGCAGGUUCAAGACUACUGUGACAGCCUCAGUAUGCCAGACUGCAACAAGGUGCUGCUGGUGUACGGGCUGACCAACCUCGCCAAGAUGGAGGAAGACAGCCUCGACAAGAUGGACCCCUACCAGCACGGAGCCACCGACAUCAUCUGGCAGAGCAUGAUGAAGGGCACGUACAAGGCGCCGGGGGCUGCCAAGGACAAGGAACCCCUGGACUACAACUACGCCUCGGCCGCCGGUCCCGGCGCGGGCAGCGGCUCCAACAGCCUGGGCUCCCAGGAGCAGGCCUCCGCGCAGGUGGAGCACUACGCCGCGCCGGGCCCCUCGCAGUACGUCAUCGGCCCCAUGGUGGUGCGCGUGAUGCCUGACGGCCGGCCCGUGCCAGGAGACAGCCGAGCGCCGCUGCCCAAGGACGAGGACGCGGAGGAGUUCAAGGCCAUGCGGUCCCGGCCGGUUCCGACCAUCGACGAGAUCAUGAGCCGGGACGCGGAGCGGGCCCCGCCAUCCAGGCCCCAGCCCCACGCCGUGUUUGCCAGCCCCCCGCCGCACUUCAGGAUACCUGCCGUCUAGGGGCGCGGCGCGGCGCGUCUGCACGCACGCACGCACGGCUGCCUCGCUUGCCGUCAGCGAGGCCUGAGCGACGGUCCGAGCACCCCCGCCACCGAUCAGCAAACAUGCGGGUCUCGCUGAAACAACCAGCACAACAUUCACCCUCUUUGAAACUUCUUGUUUUGCCACCAGCCAAAAACCUGUUGUGGGAAACUGAGGAGGUUAGAUUUCAAACUAUCAAACUUCUGUUUUAUUCCACCCAUCUCGAGUGAAUUCUUACAAGUCCUUGUUAUUACAGUUAAAAUGCUUCUCGAUUAUUCCUCUUUGCACUGCUCUAUUCCCCAUCUCCCUUUUUUUCCCUCUAUUCCUUCCAAUCUUACAUCCUCUAAUUCCGUCCUCUUCCGCGAUCUUCCUCGAGGCCUUGUCCUGUGUGCGUCGUUGACUGUCCUCCGCAGCAUGUGACAUCUGGCAGACGAGUGACACCGACUGUAGAUAUCUGUGGAGCAGCAAAAUCAACUAGUGGUUUUGUCAAUUUUCUUAAACUACGUAGUUUCAGCAGAUCUCACUAACAGUUACUACAUACGUACGUAAAGCACCCCACAUAUCACUUUUUAUGAUCAAUGGCCACUCAAAGAAAUUUUGCUUGCACUCGGCAUUAGGCUGCAAAGUUAAAUUACUCCAGCUGAAAUCUAUGUAAGAGGGCUUUCAUUCACUUUAAUAUUAGUUGUUCUGGUAAUGUAAUGUCUUAGAAUUUUUUUACAAAUGUUUCAAUUUGUUACGUGCCGACUUCAGACGGGUGGAUUUUGAUGUGUGGAGAAGGCAAAAUCAAGUUGUGCGUGUGUGUGGCAAAUUUUGAGGCUACAAUUUGUGACAUAUUCUCAUGAUUAUUUAAUUAUACGCUACUAAAUGUGUACGACUUGGUAUACAUGUUUGUGGCACAUGUUAUGUUGUAUGUAAAAAAUUUGUUAAAAAUUUAUUUAUUUAGUUAUUUGCCUUAUAAAAAGAAAAA